GUCUCCUAGCAACGGUUGGAAGCGUUGUUGACAGCCCUGUAGGCAAAGGCGCCGGACUGAGCCCAGAGUCUUGCUGACCUCGCGAUGACAGAGGUGGAGGAAACCCUAAAGAGGAUCCAGAGCCAUAAAGGAGUUAUUGGAACCAUGGUUGUAAAUGCAGAAGGCAUUCCUAUCCGAACCACUCUGGACAACUCAACCACGGUUCAGUACGCAGGCCUUCUUCAUCAGCUCAUGAUAAAGGCCAAAAGCACGAUCCGGGAUAUCGAUCCUCAGAACGACUUAACUUUCCUUAGGAUCAGGUCGAAGAAACACGAAAUCAUGGUAGCUCCGGAUAAAGAAUAUCUUCUGAUUGUCAUUCAGAACCCAUGUGAAUAGACCUGCCACAACUACGGCUGCCCUCACGAUGCUGAGCUGGGAGCAUCUUACUCUUUCAUAAUUCCUAGAAUUAUACCCCAGUCUAACUGUGUCUUGGACAGUCUUUUCCAUUUCCCCAUCUAAACUAUUCCACAUGUCUUUUUCGUCCCUUUUGAGUGCACUGUGAACUUUGUACUUUUGCUAACUAAUAAAC